AUGCUGAAUGAUUUGGUGAAGUCGGUGAGGCCGACAGGAAGUGGUACCGCGAUAAAACGCAGCAUGACCUCUAGGUAUCCAGUGAUCGAAUACGUGCAUCGUUGGUCGAUAAAAUAUACAGAAACUGCGUGCACAGAACGACAGAUGUUAAGUCCAGGUCUUUGGGGUUUACUUCGAGUAGGGCUGUGGACGAAAGCUUCACCAAGUCACUUUGCUGACUAA